GGGAGGGGGGCGGGACGAGUGUGACAAUCGCUGGAGCGGGAUCGCGCCGGCCGCGGGGUCGCGCUUCGUCCUGUUCCUUCCGCGUGUGACCGGGACAACACCAGCAGCUGCCGCUCCUGGUCCCGGUCCCGACGGUCGAUCCACGCCACUCGCUCCGGGGACGCCGCCUCCCUGUUGACUGAAGAUGAACCAACUAUUUUUUGCACUGCUACUUUUCAUUCAAUUUGGAGGUGUUUGCCUGCACCCAAAAGAUUAUCACAAAAACGUACACGUGGAUCCUGAAGCCUAUAUGAAUAUUUCUCAGCUUAUCUCCUACCGUGGUUACCCUAGUGAAGAGUAUGAAGUGACGACUUCUGAUGGCUAUAUCCUUUCUAUAAACAGAAUUCCCCAUGGAAUCAAUGAAACUAUGGCAAAAGAAGGAUCUCGUCCAGUAGUAUUUCUACAGCAUGGUUUACUGGCUGCUGGAAGCAACUGGGUCACAAACCUGGCCAGCAACAGCCUAGGGUUUAUACUAGCAGAUGCUGGUUAUGAUGUCUGGAUUGGAAACAGUCGAGGAAAUACCUGGUCCAGGAAGCACAAAAGUAUUCCAAUUUAUAAGGAUGCAUUCUGGAGGUUUAGCUUUGAUGAGAUGGCCACCAAGGACUUACCAGCAGUAAUAGACUUCAUCCUCAAAAAGACAAACCAAAAACAGUUGUAUUAUGUUGGUCAUUCUCAGGGGACAACAAUUGGUUUCAUAGCCUUUUCUAGAAUGCCUGAGCUAGCAAAGAAGAUUAAAGUCUUUUUUGGCCUGGCUCCUGUUGCAACAGUUAAAUAUGCUACCAGCCCACUGGUGAAACUCGCUCAUCUUCCAGAGUUUCUUAUCAAAGAAAUAUUUGGGAAAAAGGAUUUCCUUCCACAGACUGAGAUGAUAACGUGGCUUGCUACACAUGUGUGUAAUCGUUUCUUGAUUGAGGAGCUGUGUGGCAAUGUAUUCUUCUUAAUAAGUGGAUUCAAUACAAAGAAUCUUAACAUGAGCAGAAUACCAGUCUAUUCAGCACACUGUCCAGCUGGAACCUCUGUACAAAAUGUUCUCCACUGGAGACAGAAUGUAAAAACUGGACUCUUUCGGGCUUUUGAUUGGGGUUCCAACGAUAAGAAUAUGGCUCACUAUAAUGAGACAAUACCACCUCUAUACAAUAUAAAACGGAUGGAUGUUCCCACUGCUCUAUGGACAGGAGGUCACGAUUGGCUGGCUGAUCCCAAUGAUGUGAUUAUGUUACUGCAUCAAGUACCCAAGCUAAUUUACCAUAAGCAAAUCCCAGACUGGGAACAUCUAGAUUUCAUCUGGGGCCUGGAUGCUCCAGAGCGCAUGUACAAUGAAAUUGUUGAUCUUAUGAAAAAGUAUCGCUGAGUCCAAAGCAGUGUGCUGUAAACCAUUUUAAAAUUGGAGGCACUCCAUUUUGUGUUUUGUAUAUUUUCCCUUUCCAGCUACAUUACUGGGACCAUUGAUGGCCUCAGAUAAUUUUUAAAAAGAGACUAUAUUACCAGAUUUUUAAUUAAAGCUUUGGUAAUUUGAUGUCCAGAUUGUGCCUGAGCUGUGUUUAAGCACGAUGUGAAUGUGUCUGUGUUUGUGUGUCUAAUCCCAUACCUUGGUAACCUUCUGAUGGUUAUGGGAAAAUGUUGGGCUGUGACGUGAUUUAUCACUGGCAGGUGAUGUUACUUGGGAAUGAUCCCAGUUUAAAAAAAAUAUCUUAAUCAUUAGCUUCAACCACUGACAAGACGGGGGAUUUUUAAAAAAAAUAUUUUUCACUGAUCAUGCCUGUAAUUGCAACACAUCAAUGCAGCCAAGUUAUUCUAUUCAGUGUCUGGAUAAAGACUAAUUAGAUUAAAUACAGCUCUUUUUUUGGAAAAAAAAAUUAGUUUUCUACUAGUAGAUUUUUUUUCUUGCCCAAAGUGAGUACCUUUUUGAACCAAAGCAGGCCUUGUACGUUGUACUGGUGCUUCUGCCAUGGAGCAUUAGGAGUUUCAGACAAUGGAGUAAUGAUUAUGUAUGCAAGUCAAGACACUGAAUUCCCCAGAGGCCUUAAUUUCAGAUGUAAUUAUUGUACCUGAUUGCUUUUCAGAUAUUGUAGUGAUGAUAUGGAACCUUAUCCACUGAGUUCUGUAUUUUGAUACUUGUGCCACUAAUUCAAAUUUGGUUGAAGGUUUCAAUGACAUUUGUUUGAUUUCUGAAUGCUGACUUUAUAAAAUAGAUCUUAACUCAUUGCAUGGGACAAUCUACACCACUUCAUUCAAAGUCAGUAAAUGGUUUAAUUAGAAACUUAGUUACUUAACAUUAUUUAAUUGAAAUAUUUGAAUUUCCACAAAAAUGGCAUUGAAUGACCUUGGUGUGGACUGUGCUAACAUUGUGACCAGAUUUGGUUCAGGUACUAAACCUGAAAGACCUAUACUGUGUGUGUGAAAUUUAUGGAAAUUAUUAAUUGUACAAAGCAAUUUUAAUGUACUUCCAAUAACAUUUGAAUUAAUAGUAUCUUUUAUGUGAGCCAAAUAUUCAGCAGUGUACAUCACUAGGCAAUGUUGAGUUUGUGCCACGUUUGAGCAAGCUGCAGGAAAAUGAAAUAGUGAGAGCAUCUUGCAGACAGACACAAUUCAACAUUCCAGGGGGUUAACUGAUGAUGCUUUUAUAAAGCCAUGUAAACUGUUUGUGUAUGUACUGACCUGACUAGUACAUAGUGGAUGUUUUACUUUCUCCUUUAAAACACUUGCUUGCAACUCAGACAAAUUUGUAAAAUCAGCCACAAAGUGACAACUUUGAUUUUCUUUCUUAAUGCCUGUGGAUUUGUUGUUAACGCUACAAUCUCUGGCACAUUGUAAUCAGUGGGUAUUUGAGUUAAUUACAUUGGAACAUGCAGGGUUAGAGCAUCUGUCAGCACUCAGCUGAAUUUCAGAACAGUAGUAAAUGGUGGAUAGUAACAAUACCUUGACUAUGAUUGUUGUGGUGUUUAAAUAUUUAAGUAGUUAAAAGCUGGUGGAUGAUCAGACAAAACACGAACUCCAAAAGCAAAAAGUACACAUCAGUUCUGAUGUUACUGCUCCUUAUGUGAAAGCCAUCAAGCAUACCUGUAUAUUGUUCUUCAUGUAACUGUAUAGUUCCUUGUCACAUGUCAUGCUAUUACAAAGGAACCAUUUCAAUAAAGAGAAGCAAAGUUUGA